UUGUUCCAGAACCCCCACGCAGCGGCGAGAUCCAUCCCCUCCCUGGAAACAAGUCGAAAAGCCCUAGCCCCCAAAUCUCCCUCCCUCCUGAUCCAGCAGCCAGCAGAUUUCCGCCAUGGCCGCCGCCGCCGCCGCUGCCCCUGCGCCGUCCCGCAAGACGGAGACCUACACCGACACCAAGCGCCGCGACGACGUCCGCGGCGCCAACAUCGCCGCCGCGCGCGCCGUCGCCGACGCCGUGCGCACCUCGCUGGGGCCCCGUGGCAUGGACAAGAUGAUCUCCUCGGGGGACCAGGAGGUCAUCAUUACCAAUGACGGCGCCACCAUCGUCUCCCGCAUGUCGCUCGUCCAGCCCGCCGCGCGCAUGCUCGCGGAGCUCUCCCGCUCCCAGGACGCUGCCGCGGGGGACGGAACCACCACCGUCGUCGUCCUAGCCGGAUCCCUCCUCCGCCGUGCCCAGUCGCUCCUCUCCGCGGGCGCCCACCCCACCGCCGCCGCCGACGCCCUCCACCGCCUCGCCACGCGCGCCAUCGAGAUCCUCCACUCCAUGGCCAUCCCCAUCGAGCUCUCCGACCGGGAAUCACUCGUCAAAUCCGCUUCCACUGCCCUCAACUCCAAGGUUGUUUCCCAGUACUCCACUCUCCUCUCACCCCUCGCCGUCGACGCCGCCCUCUCUGUGGUGGAUCCCGCUCACCCGGACCUCCUCGACCUCCGUGACAUCCGCAUCGUCAAGAAACUUGGUGGGACUGUGGACGACACUGAGCUCGUCCGUGGCCUCAUCUUCGACAAAAAGGCUAGCCACGCUGCCGGGGGACCAACUCGGGUGGAGAAUGCAAGGAUCGCUGUCAUCCAGUUCCAAAUCUCGCCACCCAAGACUGACAUUGAGCAGAGCGUCAUCGUGUCGGACUAUGCACAGAUGGACCGCAUCCUCCGUGAGGAGCGCAAUUAUAUCCUUGGGAUGGUCAAGAAGAUCAAGGCUGCUGGCUGCAAUGUCUUGCUCAUUCAGAAGAGCAUCUUGCGUGAUGCGGUCACUGAGUUGUCUCUGCACUAUCUUGCUAAGGCAAAGAUUAUGGUGGUGAAGGAUGUGGAGAGGGAUGAGAUUGAGUUUAUCACCAAGACCCUGAACUGCCUUCCCAUUGCCAACAUUGAGCACUUCCGCGCGGAUAAGCUUGGGUCUGCAGAUCUUGUAGAGGAAGUUUCUGUCGGGGAGGGCAAGGUCGUGAAGAUCACUGGUAUCAGGGACAUGGGGAGGACUGCGACUGUACUUGUCAGAGGGUCAAACCAGUUGGUCAUUGAUGAAGCUGAACGCAGUCUCCAUGAUGCCCUUUGCGUCAUCAGGUGCUUGGUGAACAAGAGGUUUUUGAUUGCUGGUGGUGGUGCUCCAGAAAUAGAGAUGUCAAUGCAACUGGCUGCUUGGGCAAAGGAGCUUCAAGGGAUGGAGAGCUACUGCAUCAAGGAGUAUGCUGAGGCACUCGAGGUCAUCCCUUACACGCUGGCUGAGAAUGCAGGGCUUAACCCAAUCUCCAUUGUCACUGAGCUCAGGAAUCGCCAUGCUAGAGGUGAGAAGAACACGGGCAUCAAUGUUAGGAAAGGGCAGAUCACAAACAUCCUGGAGGAGAACGUUGUGCAGCCCUUACUGGUGAGCACAAGCGCCAUUACGCUAGCUUGUGAGUGCGUCAGAAUGAUCUUGAAGAUUGAUGAUAUUGUCACCGUAAGAUAAGGGCAUGAAGUUGAUUAUCACGUCAGCCUGCCCUGUUGUCUGGAUUGACAGUGUACUACUUAAUUUAGAACUUUAUUCGUGGGCUUGGUGUUUGUCAACCUUGAUGUUUUGUACCCGUGGCUUUGAUGUCAGUAGAGGAGAGGAGUUUGUCAUAUUGUUACAGUAAUGUUUGCUCUUCUUUGAUGGAACUAUCAGAGGUGCCUUGGUGCACCCCAUCAUUAUGAAAGGUGUGUUCUGAGCGAUA